AUGGGCUCAUUCAUCACCAAUGCCAUGCAGGCACUCUCCUCCCGCAUCGUGAACGCUGUAACUUCCAACCCGACAGCCUCUCUGAUCUACGUCAUCCUCACGACGACAGUGGCCCUAUCUCUCUGGACGAAAACGACGAGUGGAGCAAGCGGGCUACCUUUACCGCCUCAACCGCCCUCAAAGCCGAUUCUGGGCCACUUGACGGAUUUGAUCAGAGAGAAUAAAGCGCGGCGAUGGCACUUGAAGCUGGAAGGGUGGGCGAGGGAAUUUGGCCCUAUUUUUGGGGUGAGGACGGGGUAUAUUGUUGAUUAUUAUAUCAAUUCUGAUGUUCUCGUCAAGGAGCUUUUCGAUAAAAAGUCCGCGGUAACGGCGGAUCGACCCGUAUGGAUCAUGUCGAAUGAGAUAUUGAACAAUGGGUUUAAUACAUUAUUCUUAGAUGCGAGUGAUCCAACUUGGAAGAACCAGAGGAAGGUGAUUCAGCAGCUUCUCACGAGCCCCCAACAAGCGGGGAAGAUUGUGCCGUUUCUAGAAUACGAGACAAUGAGGUUCCUUCGCGAUAACGUUCUCGAAACGUCAGGCGGACUCUCGGGGCGUCAGCUCUUGAGAGGUAUUGAGAGGUAUACGUAUAGCGCAUUCGCGAUGGUGAUUAUGGGCAUGGAUGUGUCCGACGCAAACGACUGGGUUAUCGACUUUCUCCAAGAAUCGGAAUAUCAAAUUAUAAAUACCUUCCCCGGCGCCAAUAUCAUCGAUCUCAUCCCUUCUUUGGGAAACUUACCUCUCUUUCUCAAGCCCUGGGAGAGACAUGGGCGCGCAAGAUACAGACGUGACCUCUCAUGGGGAAUGAGACGAGUCAAGACUGUCGAAGAGGCAAUGAAAAGCGGAGAUACCUCCUUCGACGGGACCUUUCUGGGUGCUGCUCUAGCCGAUGAUAAUACAAAGGGCAUGUCUUGUAAGGAAGAGCUCGCGAUUUUAAGCACUGCUUUGAUUGUUGCUUCAGCAGAUACUCCGGAUGACGACGUGGUCUUUCACAAGGUUGUCGGCGAUAGACCACCAACAUACGAAGACUAUGCGCGAAUUCCAUACAUCCGCAUGCUCCUCAAGGAAGUAUGGCGGUGGAGGCCACCGGUGGCGCUAGGCCAUCCUCACAUCACCUCACGGGAGGUGGAGGUUGGGGAAUACAGGCUUCCCAAGGGGGCACGAAUUCAUCUUAACGCAUAUGCGAUCAGUCGAGAUCCCGUGAGACACGAAGAUCCUGAUCGGUUUUGGCCGGAGAGGUUUGAGGAUGACGAGACUACUACGAUGGAAAGCAUCAAUGCGCAGGACCCGACAAAGAGAGACCACUUUGCCUUCGGCGCCGGUCGUCGCGUUUGCCCCGGAUACACCGUCGCAGAACGUUCCGCCGUCGUAACAAUGAUGCGUAUCCUCUGGGCAUUCAAAAUCUUGCCUGCCGAGGGAGCCAAAACGCCGUUGAAAUUUGCCGAUUACGCUGAUUCGUUGCCUGGAAACCCGGGGAAGAAUAUGCCUGUGAGAUUUCAAUGUCGGAGUGAGGAGAGGAAGCGUGCGAUUCUGAAGGCUUUCGAGGAGAUGGAGAGUGGAAGGGGCAAGAAGAUCGCAUUGAAUUUGGGCGAGUCAUCGAUUCCUGAUGUUUCUACUUUUCUUUGA